CGCUCCCCGGGCGCACCGCCGCCAACGCCGCCCGCCCGAGCCGCGCCAUGCACGGCUCGCCCUGCUCGGACAUGGGAGAUGCGCCCGCGGUUGACAUUGUGGACAUCUAUGAGUCUAUCCGUGAACGGCAGCGUCAUGACAGCGAAAGGUCUACCUGCAGCACCUUGGAGCAGAACGACAUUGAAGCUGUUGAAGCCCUUGUUUGUAUGAGCUCCUGGGGUCAAAGAUUGCAGAAAGGUGACAUAUUAAAGAUAAGGCCCCUCACGCCCUUCUCGGAUUCUGGGGAUUUCACAAUGCACGCCGAGGCUACGGCUGAAUUACCAAAGGACUAUCUAUCGACACUGUGCAUGACUCCUCCGCACAGCCCUGACUUGGUUGAGAUGUCGGCAGCUACGCUCCUGUCCUCGCAAGUCACUUACUCCAAACCAAGGACUGUCAUGGCAAACACAGCUGCCUGCUCAGUCACAUCAGUGACCGGUGCCUCCCCCAUAACCAAGCCAUCUGUCCCCAGCGUGGGGCAGCAGUGCAGUCAGAAGCCAGUGAUCUCUGAAUCCUCUGCCCCUCAGCCUUGCAGGGCCAUGGCAACAAGCGUCAUACGUCACACAGGUGAUAGUUCUGCUUACCAUCACAUUCCUGCUGUGCAAGAGAAAACAAAGGUAACUUCAGGCUACAGCACUUCCAGAGACUGGUGUGGAGCGGAUGACCGAAAACAUUCCAGACUGCCGCAGGACACGUGUGCUGUGGAUGAUUCAGGCAACAAAACCUCUCCAGUACAUCAGCCUUGUGCACAUGACUCCAGUGAUAUUGUGACCAAUAAAGGGCAACUACCAGUCCGGCCUGUUUCACCGCAAACCCACUUACCAAAGAAUUGUGACAAUGACUUGCAAAAAAGAGCUACCCCAGUGACACUUGCCUCUGUCUCAAGCCCCCAAGUUCUCUGUCAAAUGAUCCCUUUAAAUGGACAAAGCAGCAUGAUCAAUGCCUAUGUCAAGCCUUCAACUCCAGCACUCCCGACUCCCAUGAAACCUAUUUUACCGCAGACAGCCCCACUCUCCCAGCCUGUGCUCAUGGGACCUUCUGUGCCUCAGGGGACUGUCAUGUUGGUUCUUCCUCAGCCCGCUGUCACACAGACACCGCAGUGCCCACAGACCGUGGUGACUGUUGGCAGCACCAAGUUACUGCCCCUCGCCCCUGCUCCCGUGUUCAUCGCUUCUGGUCAGACCUGCGCCCCCCAGAUGGACUUCUCCAGACGGAGGAAUUACGUUUGUGACUUCCCGGGGUGCAAGAAAACCUAUUUCAAAAGUUCCCACCUCAAAGCCCACCUUCGCACCCACACCGGAGAAAAACCUUUCAGCUGCAACUGGGACGGCUGUGACAAGAAGUUUGCCCGCUCGGAUGAACUGUCACGGCACCGCAGGACGCACACGGGGGAGAAGAAGUUCUCUUGUCCGGUGUGCGAGCGCCGCUUCAUGCGCAGCGAUCACCUGACCAAGCACACCCGCCGCCACAUGACCACCAAGAAGACUCCCAGCUGGCAGACAGAGGUUGGCAAACUCAGCAGAAUUGCCACAGCAGAGAAACCCAAGAGCAGCAGCGCUCUGAGUAUGCUCGUCCCCGUGCCAUCACCUGUCUGCCAGGGCUAGAGUGAAGAAGCACCUUCCUUGCAAACUUUCUGAAGAUCAGGAAGAGCUCCGAUGGCAACAGCAGAAUGGGCAAUGGCUUUUGUUUUCCCUGUGUUUGUGUGUACUUUAGUUUCCUGCAGCUUAGGUCCUCUGUUGACAGUGCUAUGUGAGAAAUCUAUCGUAUUUCCUCGUCCCUUCCCUGUUUGUUUCUUUUUCAGUACUUGGGCAAUUGCAAUCACCAGCACUUCAGGAAAGUAUUACUCCUUGGAAAUUAUUUUGGCAAUAGGUUAAAAAAAGUUACUUGUAAUGCUUGCUGUUAAUAUUUUGAUGGACAGUAAAACAGGGUGGUUUUUAAUUUUUAUAGUACUAUUUUCUAUACCAAAUAUAUUUUGUAUUUGUUCAUUUUGGUCUUGUUAUGCAGGCAAAUUACUUGCAUUAGUAGGGCUGUGCUGGAUGAGACCCAGAGUUUUGGAAACUCUUUUCAGUAAACCUAAACUAUUGCAUUCAGAGUGUUUUGUAAACACUAUUUGAUAACUCAUAUUGGUUGGUGUUUUCACACUUGCAAAUACUGAUCCUGCAAUGGGCUAGUGCUCUUACACCCUCCUAAUGCAGGUACAUUGGAAAUCAAAGUGACUCAGUCAUUUUUAAAACAAAACAAACCAAAUGACCUUAUUUGAGAAUACAAGUGCUGAAAUCCUCAACAUUUUAUGAAUUCAUACCCUUUGCAAGUAGAAGCCGAUGUGGCUGUUGGUAGAAGCAUUCCCAGGUCCACACUCCACUGGAGCAAAGUUUGGAGGAGCCAGACCGCUCUGAUGGUGGUAAAAGCACAAACACUACAAAUUAUACUUUAUUUUUGGUCCUCUGAAACCGACAUAUCAAAAUAAACUGAAAAAUGCAAAAAUGGCAAGAUAGCCCAUGAAAAAUUAGUGGGUCUCUCUUUAUAUUUUUUUGAGUAGAGGAGAAAUAAAAAAUUAAAGGGUUUUUUUUUUGGUAUUGUGGAUGCUUGUGCACCUUAUAGGAAAUUGUUCGAGGCUUUCUUUUACCUGUAUCAAUGCACCAGAGGAAGUACUAACUAUGUCUUGAGUUAAGAAAUAGCCACCAUGUCAACUUGAUGAUGCUCUUCAUGUGGCCUUAUACUUCUCCACAGUACUUUGUAUAAAAUCACCCUUUUCUAUUAAACAAUACACUCUCCCUGUU